GGAUGUGCUCACAACACGUCCCCGCUGCACUCGGCGCUGCAAUAUUUGGCUGUCAACUGGGACUCUUGACGUUCGAACCACCGCAAGACGAAGAGCGGACAACUCCCAUCAGCGCCUACAUAGGAGAAGGACUGGCCCAUUUCGACUCUAGCUCGACAAAGACCGAGCAGGAUUUGUGACGGACCGGUGGCAUAGCGCUUCUCCUCCCACAGUCGACAAGGAUGACCAGUUCAAACCGAAACAAUCUGAACUUCAGAGAUGUAGCCAUCAGCGAGGACCGAGGGGGAAAGCAAGAGACGAAGGACAUUCUGUUCCCUCACCAGAUGGAGGAUGUCGCUCAGAUAGCAGUCGAUAUCGGGGGAAGUUUGGCGAAAGUGGUGUACUUCUCGCGUACACCGGGGAAACCCGGAGGGCGGAUGAACUUUGUCAAGUUCGAAACGCAACACAUCGAUCAAUGCGUUGAUUUCAUCUACAAUGUCCUCUAUGAUGCUUAUCAUGGCCAAAUCCCAUUGGAGAAACGAGUCAUCAAAGCGACGGGAGGUGGUGCGCACAAGUUCUAUGACCUCUUCCGCGAAAAGCUCGGCGUUGAGAUGGAACGAGAGGAUGAGAUGGAGUGCCUUAUAUCCGGACUCAACUUCUUGGUCCGGCAAAUCUCCUCAGAAGUUUUCACGUACGAUGAACGUCGCCCGGAACCGCUACAAUACGAAUCCACACCGCCUGAGCUAUUUCCCUACAUGUUGGUGAACAUUGGCUCAGGAGUCAGUAUUCUCAAAGUCACCAGCGAAUCCACCUAUGAGAGAAUUAGCGGAUCGGCUUUGGGAGGGGGGACUCUGUGGGGUCUUCUGUCGCUGUUGACGGAUGCCACGGAUUACGACGAGAUGCUCGAACUCUCCAAGUCUGGAGACAACAAGAACGUGGAUAUGUUGGUCGGAGAUAUUUACGGGGGCGACUACCCCAAGAUUGGGCUUAAGGGUUCGGCAAUUGCGUCGUCAUUUGGAAAGGUUUUUAAGACCCCUGCGGCUGAACGUAAAGACAAGUUCCGCCAAGAGGAUAUCUCUCGGUCCUUGCUCUACCUUGUGAGCAACAACAUUGGACAAAUCGCUUACCUUAACGCCCAAGCACACGGAAUACAAAGAAUCUACUUUAGCGGGUUCUUCAUUCGAGGCCAUCCCAUCACCAUGAACACCCUGAGCUAUGCUAUCAACUUCUGGUCGAAAGGCAAAAUCAUGGCGCUGUUCCUGAGACACGAAGGCUACCUCGGUGCGAUGGGCGCCUUCUUCAGGCACUAUCCUCAACGGGACCGACCAAAGUCAUUCACAGAGAAUUUUACGCGCGUUGAGAGAAUCUCGGGAACAGCAUUGAGCGCCGUUGGGACCUUAGAUCAGUUCCCAAUCAACCUCACUCAAUUCCCCCUUCUGCGAAACCCUGCCGUUUACAAUCCCGACACCACCGAUCUUUCGAAAUCGGUGACGCUCCAGCAAUACUGGAUAGACCUUCUCGACAGAAACUUGGCUUCCCUUACGUCGAUGGCAUUGCAAUACAGAGCCGAUCCCGACGGUGAGAAUGAAGCAAUUGCAUCCGCGGAUUCAGCCGACCGUGCGUCAAGCUUCGAGUCGAUGUAUAGGGAACACCUCCGGCGAUUGCGCAAAGAACCCACGGCAUACGGGGUGCUCUCCGUGCGGUCAUUGCUUGACCUUCGGGAGCAAUGUUUGCGGGAAAUGGGAUUUACCGACAUUUUUUCCGCCGUAAAGCAAAACGAGAACGAGGCCGCCGUAGCUGGCCUGCCUGCCCUACUCAAACGUGUGGACGCCCUCGAGGAAGGUCAGAGAUUCGAGACGUUGAUCUCGAACGUGUUGGCCGGGAACAUGUAUGACUGGGGAUCCACUGCUGUUCAGGAGCUCCUUCGACAAGGAGUACUGGACUUUGAGACCGCGAAGGAAAAAGUGGGCAGGCCGUCCAAGUUCGACGGAACCCCGCAACUGAAGGCGCGCUUGCUGGAUCAGUCUCAGGCACCUUACCGCAAGGCCCUGAUUUUUGUGGACAACAGCGGAGCCGACAUCGUCCUCGGAAUCCUGCCGUUUGCAAGAUUCCUCCUCAGCAAAGGCACGCAAGUGAUACUUGCCGCAAACACCUCUCCUUCCGUGAACGACAUUACCGCAGAAGAACUGCGACUGUUGCUGACCAAUCUGUCGGACCCUACCCUCCAAUCCGCGUGGACUGAAAAGCGCUUGGGUGUGGUAGAGACCGGAAUGAGCGGUCCGUGUUUGAACCUCCGCAGGGUCGGUGAAGAACUGGCUGCAUCAUGUCAAGGCGUCGACUUCCUGGUCAUUGAAGGGAUGGGCAGAGCGAUUCAUACGAAUUUCUUUGCCCAGCUCAAAGUGGACACCUUAAAGAUUGGUGUCUUCAAGAACCCCCAAGUGGCCAUGCAACUGAACGCUGAAAUGUACGAUGGCAUUGUGAUAUACGAGCCCGCAGCCUCGGCAGCCCAAUAAGCCAAAUGGCCAAGGCCAUUUCAUUCGUACUGUAGUGUAGUUUGUUUCUGUGGUAUCUACUUUCCGGCGGCCGUAUCUGCGAUGACUACCUAUACAGCUUUUUCUCA